GCCGAGCCACCCUUUCUUUGUUCUCCCUUUUCAAUCCCCAUCUCUCCUCCACCCCUCUCCCCCACCGCAGGUCCCCAUCCUCCUCCGCCGCCGCCGUUGACACUUCCCGCGAAUCUCCUUCUUCCGACUAGUGGAGAGGUGGCAUGGCGCUCCGGAGGCUGCUUCAGGGGAGCCUUCUGCCGCGGAUGAUGGGACGGUCUGUUGGGGCGUCCUUCUCUACGGAGGCUGGUGAGACUAUCCGCGCAACGCUCUUUCCUGGUGAUGGCAUCGGGCCUGAGAUCGCCGAGUCGGUCAAGCAGGUAUUCAAAGUUGCAGGUGUACCAAUAGAAUGGGAAGAACAUUAUGUUGGUACAGAAGUGGACCCCAGAACAGAGAGCUUUUUGACAUGGGAGAGCCUGGAGUCUGUGCGUAGAAACAAAGUCGGUCUGAAAGGUCCUAUGGCUACACCAAUUGGAAAAGGCCACCGUUCUUUGAAUCUUACAUUAAGGAAAGAACUAGGACUUUACGCCAAUGUCAGACCUUGCAACAGCCUUCCAGGCUACAAGACUAGAUAUGAUGAUGUGAACCUUGUGACAAUUCGUGAAAAUACUGAAGGGGAGUAUAGCGGCCUUGAGCAUCAGGUUGUGAGGGGUGUAGUGGAGAGUUUGAAAAUUAUUACCCGCCAAGCAAGUUUAAGAGUAGCAGAGUAUGCAUUCCAUUAUGCAAAGACCAAUGGCAGGGAGAGAGUUUCUGCGAUACAUAAAGCCAAUAUCAUGAGGAAAACAGAUGGACUUUUCCUCAAGUGUUGCCGUGAAGUCGCUGAGAAGUAUCCAGAAAUCAUAUACGAGGAAGUAAUUAUUGAUAACUGCUGUAUGACGCUUGUGAAGAACCCUGGUACCUUUGAUGUAUUAGUGAUGCCAAAUCUAUAUGGUGACAUUAUUAGUGAUCUAUGUGCUGGUUUGAUCGGAGGCUUGGGCCUAACUCCCAGCUGCAACAUUGGUGAAGGUGGCAUUUGUCUUGCAGAGGCUGUCCAUGGCUCUGCACCUGAUAUAUCUGGCAAGAACCUCGCAAACCCAACUGCUCUUAUGCUGAGUGCUGUUAUGAUGUUGCGCCACUUGCAAUUCAACGACCAAGCAGAACGGAUCCACAAUGCUAUCCUCCAGACUAUCGCCGAGGGGAAGUACAGAACUGCUGAUCUUGGUGGGAAGUCAUCAACGUCAGACUACACAAAAGCAGUUUGUGAUCAUAUCUGAGCGCCGGCUGCUGUUAUUUUUCUCGAUACUUUUUCCCCCUCUAUUUUUCAUGCAUACCAAGAGGUGCUUUAGCUUCAAUAGAGUGGCAGGCACCACGAUUUCUUCGGUGACACGGUUUAAGACUGUUAAAUAAUUGUCGCAUUCAUUCUCUUGGAGCAGUUUUACCAGCAUCGCAAACAAGAUGAAGAAUCAUCUGUAAUAAUCAUUGACAGCAUGGGCACAUAUAAUCUGUUUGUUAUAGUUAUUGAAGAACUGAAAUUCAUUAUUUA